AUGACCGUGCACGCUUCUCUCGCACGCUGCUCUACUCUUGACACACCCAUCCUGGCUCUGCGUGUAUGGAUCGUGCCACGCCGGAUGCAUGAUCCGUGCAUGCUUUGCUCGUACGGAAAAACAGCCUUCACAACCCAUGCCGAACUCGGAGAAAUUGGGGACCACCGAGGACGUCAAAUGGGCUGCCUAAAGCUACGAGGAAAAGGAGCAGGAGGAACGCGACCCCGCCUUGAUAGCGCGCGGCCGCGGCGGCGGAGGGAUGCCGUCCAUGGAGCCAGGCAAUGGCAUGGGCUGGGCGCAGUUGUACCGACGCAGGUCAAGGAGCAGGAGGUCCCCGCCCGCGGAAACCGAACGCCUGCACCAGCAGCACCAACAGCAGGAGCUCCGCGAACAGCAACAGCGCGAGCAGCAGACUCAGUCACUGCGCAAGCAGCCGUCUCGCGAGCAAAUGCAGGUGUGACCCCGCCUGGCCCUGCCAUGGGUUCGCCGAGUCGGGACGAGCACAGGCGUGCAGGAGAGGACAAAGAAGAGGUCGCGCGCAAGAGGGCAAAUGCCCCAACCACAGACAAGCCAUCGCAGAACGCCGUUCGAGCAGACCAGUGCUCAACAACCUGGUCGUUCGCCCUGGCCACCGAUGGCGCAGAUCAGCAUCCCCUAAAUCCGACUUCAGAUGCUCCCCAGUCCGUUGAAUCAACUGCCUCGUACCGGCCCCGCGCCCUUCCAGAUGCCUCCGGGCUCGCAGAACGCUCGCAAGCAUCGGCCAUAUUGAUUAGAACGGGCGUCAUCCAUCUCCUCACUUCCUCGGCCGCGGUUAGUGAAAAGCGCGGAGAGCCUCCCCCGAAGUCGUCUCGCAAGAGCUGGAACGUGUCGCCGUGA